AGGAGUUGGUGAUGGACAGGGAGGCCUGGCGUGCUGCGAUUCAUGGGGUCGCAAAGAGUCGGACACGACUGAGCGACUGAUCUGAUCUGAUCUGAUUUACCACAAACCAUUAAACCUUAAGCUCCUUGGGGGCAGGUAUCUAUUUGCCCUCAGUGCACAGAACAGCAACAGACCCAGAGUAGGUGCUCAAAAAAGAGCUUUAUAUGCAUAUCUCAUUUAACUCUGUUAAAAAAACAAAAUUUAGCUGAAAAAAUUUGCAAAUGAAAUUGGCUUUAUUAGGCAAUUCACGAACUGGGAGGCAUUCCAUCUAGCAACUAGAAGGGCACUUGGGGGGUUGUACAAAAUGGAAGGCUUUUAUAGGAAGGAAGGUGGGAAAGGGAGCUAUUAGCAAAAGGAAAAAAAAAAAAAAGUUGCUUUAGAUCAGGGGAAUGAGGGGAGAGAAAAGCAAAGGUUAUCUUUUCUUCCUCUGGGGGAUGGAGAGGACUCCCGUGGCAGUUCACUUUAUUGAAAAUUCCAGAGAAGUUGAUUAAAAUUGCAUUUCUGGUAGGGGUGGAAGCUGCAAUUAUAUUAGGGAUUAAAUGUAGGUUUGGCAUCAUGGGCUUUAGCACAAGUGAUGCCAUUUAGGGUUUUUGUUUUUUAACAGUUCCAGCUCCUCUCUCUUUCGACCACAUACACACAAACGCAGCUUCAUGAUAUAGAUAUCUUUGUCCUAUUUUACAGAUGGAGAAACUGGUAUUAAGAGAGAUUGAGUAAUUUAUUCAAGGACAUAUGUCUGAUAACUAAAUGGUCUCUCUGACUUUAAAACUUCUUUUAACCAGGAUUCUAUGACUAGAACAAAGCCAGAAUGGCACACAUCGUAAUAUUCCAUUGCCAGGGUAACAUAUCAGUAGGCUGAGCCACACCAGUGGACUUCAAAUAGGCUCUGAGUUGCUGUAUGUUGAAGGACAGCCAGAACCACUUGAUGAUUAUAGUUUGUCAGCAUAAUGGCAUCUGUAAACAGAAACAGUGAAAUAAUUAAAAAACUUAAAACAGACAAACGUCUCCUGGAGGAGAUAAAUGAAAAGCGAGAAUCCAACUGCCUGGUGGAAAGAAGCAAUCAAGUCAGCUUAUUGAGAGGUCAAAAGAUGCAUUUCCAUGGUGCCUACAAGUUCCUUACUCACGACCAGGUCAAAAAACCUGUUCCCGACAGUGACAGGAGCUCCUGGGUCAAACUGAGUCUCUUCGUUCACAAGGAGAAAAGGCACUUUCCACCAAAAAAUAAUGCCAUAUUUGGAUAGAUAUGUCCCUCUACAAAGACACAUAGAAACACAAUCUCUUUGAUCCUUCUUCAAUAUCUGUCUAAAUUAUUUACAAAUAUUAAUUAUAAGUGAAGUCAAAGAAAACUAUUCAUUAGAUCAUCAAGAAACCAUUGAGCCACACAAAAUGUAUUACAUCUUCACUGCCUUCCAUCGUUUAGACUUAAACGUUUUGAAGAGAGGAUUUGAGUUAUUAAAGAUACUU